AUGAGAACGGGCAACUACGAAGAAUUAGAGUCAGCAUUGGUACGUUGGUUCACUCAGGUUCGUGACCGCGUUAUCAUCGUUACGGGACCGAUCCUGCUCCAGAAAGACAGCUUCUUCGCCGAACAACUAGGUAUCGACGACUUCAAACAAUCUACAGGGUGGCUCGAUAGGUUCAAGGAGCGAAAUAACAUUACAUUUAAGACUGUUAGUGGUGAAUCGAAAUCCGUUGAUCAGAAUGAGGUUGACAAGUGGUCAGUGACAUUAAAGUCUGUUCUCAGUCAGUACGAGCCUCGUGACAUCUAUAACGCCGACGAAAGAGGCUUGUUCCUCAAACUCACACCAGAUAAAACUCUAGAAUUUAAGAAUGUGAAAUGUGUAGGUGGUAAACGUAGCAAAGAGCGGAUUACAGUUUUAGUUUGUGCUAACAUGACAGGUGAAGACAAAGUUGCAUUGUUUGUGAUAGGUAAAUCAAAAAACCCUCGGUGUUUCAAAAACGUUAAAACUCUCCCAUGUAAGUACGACUUCAAUACCAAGGCAUUUAUGGCGGGUGAUAUCUUCAGUGACUGGCUCCUUGAGCUUGAUAAACAAUUUCAAAUUCAGAAACGUAAAAUCGCGAUGGUUGUAGACAAUUGUCCGGCCCACCCAAAUGUGGUCAAGGGUCUACGGAACAUUGAGCUAGUGUUUCUUGCUCCCAAUACAACAAGUGACACAACCGAUGGACCAGGGUGUAAUCAAGAAUCUGAAAGUUAA